GUGCUUCGUCGUCUGAUUUCCUGCCCCGUCUUGCGCAGUCUGUCAAGGCCGCGCCCGCUGAAGUUUGCCGGAUAGACCAGUUGUGGCGACAACCGGACGCUGCAUUGCAAAAUGACCGACAAGGGGCUCUCAGACGAGGCUGCAAUUGCGGCUUGCAAAGAAGGAAGUCCUAUAACUAAGGAUUUUAUGAUGCAGCAGACCAUGCUGAGGGUCAAGGACCCUGUGAAAUCCCUGGACUUCUACACCCGUAUACUGGGCAUGACGUUGUUGCAGAAGUUUGAUUUCCCCUCCAUGCGCUUCUCCCUGUACUUCCUGGGUUAUGAGGACAAGAAGGAGAUCCCGGGAGAUGUGAAGGAGAGGACAGCCUGGACCUUCUCUCGGCGAGCCACCAUAGAGCUCACACAUAACUGGGGCUCUGAAUCUGAUGACAGCCAGUCCUACCACAACGGUAACUCUGAUCCCCGUGGCUUCGGACACAUUGGUAUUGCAGUGCCUGAUGUUUACGCUGCCUGCAAACUGUUUGAGGAGCAAGGAGUCACUUUUGUCAAAAAGCCAGAUGAUGGUAAAAUGAAGGGACUGGCAUUCAUACAAGACCCUGAUGGAUACUGGAUUGAAAUUCUGAGCCCCAACAACAUGGUCCCCAUCACCACUUAGAGAGGCAGAGAGAGAUGAUUUGUAUGCUGUGGGGAGAAGAGAUUUAAGUUAGGAAAAGACAGGGUGUGGAGGCAAUAGGAAGGACUGUUGUUCCUAAUAGGGAAUCGUAGAGGUGACACUGGUGACGGAAGCAAGGGGUGCUCUAAUCCCUGAACACUAACAAGGGGUUGAAAAUGGACAAUCAAGGUCAUAAGCUCUUUAGUUGUAUCUGUUUUGUUGCUUAUGUUUAGUUGUAUUACCUACUCAGGAUUUGCCUUCGGUUUACUGUCAGAGCUGCGGCUGGUAGGGCUGCUCCCUGCUGUUUGAAUCUUCACUGAUCCCAUGUCAGCAUAACAGUGUUAAGUAAAGGCAAACGCCGCUGAUACUACAGCAACAUGUUUGUUCCUGAUCUCUUUUCUGUGUGGAACAAGACAUUUCUCAAGAUGUUUCUUUUUAGUUGUCUGCAUUUAAGCAAGGAAGCACACUUGUUUGACUUUUGACAGCUGCACAAAUGUUGGAUCAGUUCAAGGUAAGAGCAAAGCAUCAGUAUAUUAUCUGGUAUUAAAACCAGAAAGCAAGAUCUUCACCAAUGCUCUGAUUAGUAGCAGAAGCGGAUGCUAAUUUCAACUACAUUAUUAACAUUAACUACACUUAUACUCCGACAUAACUAUUUCCUAUCUGGGCUACUUUUUCAUAUCAUGACUGCUGCUAGCCCAAGACCUUGAGGAGGGUGAUUUUGUUUGAUUCAGUCAAUAACAUCUGUACAGUGUGGAAGUGUCAAAUGUGUACAAACAAACCUGUCCGCACAAAUUUAACACACAUUCCCAUGGGUGA